CAAAAACUUAUAAGAAGUGUAUAUCUAUGUGACAAUGUAUGUGCUUGCAUGAUUAAACUGUCCAGAUAUUAAAUAAUCAUUCUAAAAUCAUAUUUACUUUUAGAAUUAAAUAUAAUCUUCUUAAGCUAUAUAUACGAAAGCUUGUCCUCUUGUCUCCACCACCAACGAGGACAAGAGCUUUCUCAGUUUCUCCAUCUCUACAGACAAACGAAAGACGUUUGAAACAGAGAUCGAUGGCAGCUCUUAAGACAAUGCAAGCUCUGAUCUUUCUUGGUCUAUUGGCCACGUCCUGUAUGGCUCAAGCUCCGGCUCCUGCACCCAUCAUGGUUCUCCCACCGGUAGAGUCUCCCUCUCCUCCUCCUGCUAUUACACCAACCGCUGAGCCACCUUCUCCAGUACCGGUUGCUUCACCACCGGUUAUGGUUACCGAGCCAACUCCAGCUCCGGCGACUCCUCCCACCGUCUCAUCACCGACCAAGUCUCCAAAAACUUCCCCUGUCGCUUCUCCCCCGAAACCAGAAGCCAUGGCUCCAGGCCCAUCAGGACCAACACCAUCACCAUCUCCGGCUGCUGAAGGACCAAUUGCUGACUCAGCAUUGACUAACAAGGCUUUCCUUGUGAGCACCGUCAUUGCCGGAGCCUUGUACGCCAUCGUCUUGGCUUAGGAGAGCCUUGUGUACAUUACCCUCUUUCUCUAUCCUUUGCUUUUUGGUUUGUUUUCUUUUUUUUUGAACUUGUCAUGAUUUGUUUGAAGAAUCUUUAUAUUCUCUCUAAUACAUUCUGUGUUUCUUCCUCUUUGUUGGUGGUUUAUGUUUUCUUUUUAUUCUUUAUAACUCUGAUGGACCAUGGGAAUAACCUGAGGAGGAGAUUCUGAUUUUUAUUCUGAUAUCACGUGAAUAGUAUUUUUACUCAGAAUUGUUUUCA